AUGGGAAAGAAAGCGCCAGAGGGCCUGGGGUUAAUGCCUAUGAGCGAAACCAAGCCAUUGGAUGAGACCCAGAAUCAUGGCCCUUCUGUGGUUGAACGGGGUGGAGGCACAGGUGGUUUAUCCACGAUCGAGGCCCAGGGGGAACAGCAGUUGAGCGUGCCAGCGGCACAUCCUGGGGGGAUACCCCAAUCGUCAGGACGUUAUAGCGUUGCAUUUAAAGUAUGUCUCAUCUUGGCGCUCUUCGUUUGUGCGUCUCUUAGUGUGGGCCGCACGGCUUUGGGAAGGGAUGGGAGGAUGGCUGUGGGCCGGGCUGCAUCUGGACGAGCACCCGAAACCGUAGCAGCUCCCGCGUCAGAUACUUUAUACGCCUGGCAGCUAAGAGUAAAAAGGACGAAGGAGAUUGAGGAGGGCCUUCAGAAGGCACUUGGGGAAUAUAUGGGAAAGCCAGAAGACCUUGGAAGUCCGCCGCCGGAAAUAGGUAAAUGGAGACGCAGCGAGCUCCUCUGCAAGUGCAUUUCCCGCGUGGUUUUGCCUUAUGCUGCAGCUUCCGGCACUAUUCCUGGGAGCGAAGAUGUGGCGGCGUGUUUGGCCCGUGCAUUGGAUGCUGUGCGCAGCGCCUCUGCCUCUACACAAGAAGAGAUCGUUGAAAAAUACCUCAAGAAUGUAUUGGAAGCUUCCGAGAACAACGGCCCCACGCUGCUUCUGGAGGAUUUUGUCAAAAGAGUGCAGGCAGCGGCGCCCUCCGAGGAGGAUACCAAUCCGGAGAAGGAGGAAGCUCAAAGCGCGAGACGUGCUCUUCUGGUGGCCGUGCUGGAGGGCUUUACAGCCAGAAUCGAAGCCCUAGAGCAUCUCAGGCUAGUGGCAGCAGCUGCAUGUGACGAGCAAGCGAGGUUGGAGAAGCAAGAGCCCAAGGAUAGCGUAGGGCUCGCGCAGUUGCUGAGGAAGGUGCAGGGGAUCCCUGAAGAGGAUGUUGAGGCAGCAGCGCAGCAGGUGGAAUCGGUCACCCCCUCCGUUCCGGCAUUCGAAGCGCAACGGCUCAUCAGCCAUAUCCAGUAUUCAAGGGAAAAGCUUGCGGGGGACUUGAAGGUGGCUGCUGCGCUCUUAUGCCCUCUACGCAACGCAAAAGAUGAAACAUUGGAAGAGUUAUUGAGACCCCUUGAGUCGCCUGCUGUAUCUCUCUUGCAGCAGCAGACUACGUUGCACGGCCGAGAAAAUGCAAUGAUUACAGUAGACAUGGAAAGCUCCCGAUUUGUCCGGGAUAUGAUGAGGUCCCUGGAGACCAACGGGCAGGGCAAGGAUUUCCUGAGAAAGGCCUAUCAAUCCCUAUCUGGAAUUCAUCGGCUCGACAGGACGUGCAGACCCUGGGCCAGCCAGCGCCUUGACUUUUGGGGGUUUCUCAGAGAUAACUGGACAGCAGAAGCCCACGAAAAGCUGUGCGAACUCCUCGAAUUUGGGGGCCGUUCCGGGAACAGUGAAGGAGAAUUUCCUAUCACUUUGAAACGUAGUUGCUUGCUAAACUCGAUAAAAUUCACUCGUAUCAAACCAAGCAUCCGGAGAGUCGAGUUCGACGAACGGGAAACGACGGAAACGAACGACGGCAGGGACUAG